AGUUACAAAUACUCCAUUGACACUGAAUGACCCCAAAAACAAACUAACCAAAAAAAUAUUAAAUUCCCCCAUUCCAAUUAUUUAAGUUCUCUCAUGAACAAGAGACUGAGAGAAGACGAUUACAAUUCACAAUUCACAAUUCACACACACACAAUACAUACUCUUGAACCCUAAAUCAUACAGUAUUCAUCUUCUUUCCUGGAAUCUAUACACACAAUCACACAUAUCUAUGUAUCUUGUUGAUGGGUCUCUCUGAUUCUCCAAAUGCAACAACCCCAUGAUCUUGAUCUCUAAAUCCGAUCUCGCUAUGUCCAACGCCCAAUCCUCGUCUCCGAUCCGCUCCGAUUACAAAGACCUCAACAGCACGAAUUCUAACAAUUUAAUUAGGAGAGAAAGACCCUCCAGGGCCUGCACCAUUCGCUCCGCUGCUAGGCUUCACCAAGCAGCUGCAGCGGAAGCCAAACUCACCCAACCUCAUAGCAAGAGGAAGAAGAAGAACAAGAGGAAGGAUCUACAAGAGGAGGAGCACGAGGAGGAGGAGGAGGACCCCUCUUCGUCGCCUCAGGAUGACCAAUGUAGCAAGAUUAUAACUCCGUUGGUUGGGGAGCCACCGCCUUCUCAGUUGUCACGCUGGAGUAUUAGGUCCAUGUGGGAGUUAGCUUCCAUUCUCAAUUUUUUCAAUGUUUUUAGGCCUCUUUUGAAUAUCAAAGCAGACUUCUCCGUUGAGGAGUUUGAAACGGCUUUGAUCACGCCAAACAAUACGUUGGCUGAUAUACACAUUCCUUUGUUGAGGGCGAUCCCUCCUAUUACUCGGAUGGCACUUGGGCAGAAUACUUGGAUUACCGUUCUCUGUAGAAAGUUAAGGGAUUGGUGGCACUGGGUUGCAGAAGGUGAGCUACCAAUAGUUGCAUCUCAUGGAGCUGAGGUUGAAGCUUAUAAUACACUUGAUCCCGGUGUCCGCGUAUUGAUUUUAAAAGCCUUGUGUGAUAUUCGUGUUGAGCAAGAAGAUAUUCGCAACUAUAUAGAUAAUUCAAUAAAGGAAGGGGUUCAGCUUUCAGCAUUUCGUAAAGAACGUAUUGGUGGUGAUUCUCGUGGAAUCUUCUAUUGGUAUGAAGAUGAUUCUGUCAUUGGUCAGCGUUUAUACAGAGAGGUCAGAAAAAUUGAGGUGAAGAGAGGAAAGGGUAAGAGUGUACAACCCAUUUCUAGUUCAUGUUAUGAGUGGGAGACGGUUGCAACCAAUUUGGACGAAUUUCAAGAAGUUUCCGAGAAGCUUUUAGCAAGCAAAAAUAGGACUGAAGCUUCAGUUGGAAAGAAGUUAUACAAUGAUAUGCUUCCAGAGAUUGAGAAGGUCCACAAGAAAAGAGAAAAGCUGUUGAAGAAACAACAUAGACAAGCUCUUCUUCUUGAUAAUAUGAUGGGUGUGGAUGGGCUUGGCCUUGGACGCUCCCUUCGUGGUAGAAAACCUGUAUCAUAUACUUUUGAUGAUUAUGACCGAUCAAUAAAUGAAGCUAUCAAGAUAACCAAAACAAAGCAGUCAUCUCCUGAGCAUACUGUCAGAAGAGAAGGUUUGAGAAAUGAUACAUCUUUAAAUGGUAGUAGAUUGGGUGGCCCUUCACAAACCCCUCAACCGGAGUCAUUCAGUGCGUUAUCGCCAAAAUCUUCUGAUUACGAAAAAAGUGAUGAUGAAGAUAAUUCUGAGCCACUAGAUCGCGGUAACCGACGCAGGCAGAAGUCUCAAAGAUUUUCAGAAAGAGAAUUUGCUGAAGCAACCUCAAGCCACGAGGCGGACUUUGACAGCGACGAUGAUAUAGUUGGGGAGGUUGUGUAUGACGAUGAAUAUUUGAAGAAACGGAAAGUAAUGAAGGUAUCCAGUAGCUCUGAAGGAGACGAGGAGUAUCUCUGGGAAGGUGAACAUGCUGAUGAGGAGGAGGAAGAAGAAGAAGAGGAUAACCAGUCCUUGAGUAUUAGUGAUGAUAGUGACGAGCGUCCACGAUUUAAGAAACUACGAGGCAGAACUAGACGGGAAACAAAGUUGAAGUCAGUUCGUGACAUGCAAUCAGGUCUAAGACGUAGUAAAAGGGCUACUAGAAACCGUAUUGAUUAUAAACAAUUAGAGGGGUCAGAUUCAGAAAACGAGCCUCCAAAAUAUGAGGAAUUUGAUGCACAAGACAAACAAUAUCAAUCAGAUUCUGAAAGUGAGUCCUUGAAUCGUGAAGAAUCAAAUUCACUAGAGGACAAGCACAUUAAUGCAUAUGAAGGUGCAGAAUUUUCACUGGGUACCCAUAGUGAAGAUUCAGAACCAAAUAAAAAUUACGAAAUGAAAACUGAACCACCUGUCAGUGAGAAGCCUGAGUCAGUAGAAACAGAACAGCUUCACGUGCCUUUAAAACCUCAUAGACCUGAUCAAGAUGGGUUAGAAGGUGUAAAGAGAAGGCAUUUUCUAGAUCUAAAUGAGCUUGCCCCAGGGCCUGGAUUCGACGAUGGUCCCAACUCAUCAAUGAAAGACGAAGAUAUAAAUGACUUGUAAGCAGGUUUCCAUUGAGAGCUGGUUGUAUGUUAAUUUAUAAAUUUUGGUUAACUACAGUAGAAGUAAAAAUUAGGUUCUUCUAUUGCGAAAUUUAAUGUGCAUGCCUUCCUGCAUAUGUUGAUCGCUGGCACUAUGACGCGCAAUGUGGGAGUGAGAAAUUACUUGCAUAAAGAGAUGUUGAGAAAUCAUGUAGAUUUAGCUAAUUUAUCAUCUUUUUAGGUUUAGCACCACCCUAGAGUCUUUGGUUUUGUGCUGUUGAGCCAGUCACCUUUGGUUCUGUGUUCACUGUGUACUGUGUAGUUUAAAAUAACCCUGUAAACUGAAAUUUUGUUCAGUCUUUUUUUCCCCUCCUUUUUA